CCACAACACGUUACCACUAGAUGAUUCCUGGAGGGCAUUAUAGUCUUUUGGUUAGGGUUCCCCAGUCUGGAUGUGGCCCAAAUAAUUAAAGUACGAGCCGAAGCACUAAAACUAAGAUAUACGACUGCACAGUAUUCUUGAACUUGAGUUGGAUCAUCGUGUGAGCCCAACAAACAAACAUCUAUUCAAAAUAUCAAUCGGCACGAAGCGUCGCAGCUUGGGUCCCCAUCUUCGUCUUUUGUUUUGGUUUUUGGUGUGUGUUGGUGGUUGUCGUCGUCGUCGUCGUCGUCGUCGUUGUUGUCGUCGAUUAAAGAACCCAAGCUUCAGCUCAUAUUGGACCUCUCACAAAUGAGAAGUGCAGCUCUUGUUAUUUUGAACUAUUAGGAAAAUAUGGUGUAACUUAUGGCAACUUUUGAAGGAAAAGUUAAAUUCACUUCCCUUUCUAAGCAAGAAAAGGAGAAAAAUAUAUACCCUCAUGUUGAUGACUUCAGUAAUUCUGUAUGGCCUGCUACGAAAGGUGUGUCUGCUCUCCAAUUAGGCUCAAAGUCUGUGAAAGAAGAUUUUUUGAUCCAGUUACCAUUCAAGUCUGAAGACUUCCUUGAUGGGGGAUAUGAUUCAAGUGAGGAUUCUUGCAAUACAAUGCAAAUUACUAGACCUCCAGAGGUCAACUUGAAAAAUGUUUUAAGUGGGAUAGUUGCAAUUUUAACUGGGCGGAACAAAGGCCCAAGUGUUUCCAUGAAUCAACAACUUCCAAGUUCAAAUGUUUCCUUUCUUGGGCCUGAAAAUAAUGGGGACACAUAUUUGCAUUCCUCGGUUUACAUACCAAGUGCCCCUUCACUUUUGGAACCAAGUGGGAUUAACUAUAAUGCCUAUAAAGAGGUGUUAGAAGCUGAACCCCCAGAGUGGCUGCCAGAUAGUUCUACUACAGUUUGCCUGCAGUGCACUGCGCCCUUCACAGUGCUUACCCGUGGAAGGCAUCAUUGUCGAUUUUGUGGUGGAAUUUUUUGCAGAGCAUGCACAGAAGGAAGGUGCUUGUUACCUGUUAAGUUUAGGGAGAGGAAUCCACAGAGGGUUUGUGAUGCCUGCUAUGAUAGGCUUGAUCCCAUACAAGGAAUUCUCAUCGAUACCAUUAGCAAUGCUGUGCAAGCAGCAAAGCAUGAUGUGAUGGAUUGGACAUGCACAAGAGGAUGGUUGAACCCUCCUGUUGGUUUGUCGAUGGAGCAUGAGAUAUACAAAGCAUCAAAUACAUUGAGAAGCUACUGCCAGGUUGCUAGAUUGAAUGCUGAAAGGUCCAUACCUCUAGCAGUUCUGAAAGCAGCCAGAGGCUUGGCAAUCUUAACUGUUGCCAAAGCUGGUGUAUUCAUUGCUUACAAACUUGGCACCGGUUUGGUCAUUGCUCGAAGGUCAGAUGGAUCGUGGUCUGCCCCAUCUGCCAUAUGCUCAGUUGGUUUAGGAUGGGGUGCUCAGAUUGGGGGUGAGCUCAUGGACUUCAUAGUUGUCCUCCAUGAUAUGAAAGCUGUGAAGACAUUUUGUAGUCGCAUGCAUUUUUCACUUGGUGCUGGUUGCAGUGUUGCAGCAGGCCCAAUUGGGAGAGUCCUGGAAGCAGAUCUUCGGGCUGGGGAUAGAGGUUCAGGCAUGUGCUACACUUACAGUCAUAGCAAAGGGGCAUUUGUUGGAGUAUCACUUGAAGGGAAUGUAGUUGCAACGAGGAUGGAUACCAAUCUAAAAUUCUAUGGUGAUCCUUAUCUCACUACAAAUGACAUUUUGCUUGGUACUGUGGACAGACCAAAAGCUGCACAGCCCUUGUAUGCUGCCCUUGAUGACCUAUACUCCAGUCUGAGGUGUUAGUUGCCAGGCUCUAUGAUUGUGGCAUGUCUCUGUUGGAUGGUAAGUCUCUAUCCAAUCUAAUGUUUCUCUGUGCAUGUGCCAUGUCUCUGUCAGCUGUUGAGAUGUGCACUUGCUCCUGAACUUGAUUCUCCCUCUCUGAAUUGUAUAGUGGCCCUAAAUUUAUUGGGUGUAUGCCCACACAAAGGGACGACAGUUUCACGUUCGUUUAUUAUGAGCUCUCAUUCAAUUUGGUUAAUGUGCUUUUGCAAAUAUCCAACCAAUCCUCAUUGUCACGAUGUAAAUAGAUAAUUGUAUAAUACCCAAUUAUUGGGAUUUGAAAAUAUAUAGAUUAGUUGGAUGAUGAUCAA